AUGCAGAUUCGUGUCGGUCACCUUAUCUCACUUAUCUUUCACUCACUUGGUGUGGUCUCCUUCAAACAUUUCACCUCCAUGUUUCCCCUCGCCAACUCCUCUACUGGACAGAGAGUCUGGCGAGACCUUGUCCGUGCCAUCCCCAAGCUCUGGUGGUCAGCCCUUCGCUCCCCUCCUCCCCCGUCGGCAGCUCUCGGGGAGUGGUUCGUCCCCAAAGACGAUGCUGAUUCCUCCCCCACUCUUGCUCUCCAGGUCACGGCCUUCUCUCCCCCGUCAUCGCUCUCAACCUCCCUUCACCGUGUGCUUCCCAACCGUCUCAUCGUCCGCUCGUCGUUCGGAGAUGGCACCUUCAACAUUGGUGACCUUUGCGCGGUGCAUGUCGUUGGGUCCUGGCUUGCAGGCCCCUUCUAUACAGGUGCAGGGCUCGGCGCACGGCUCGACAUCCUACAGGACGGAGGCCCAAGUGUAGCUGACAUCCGUCGCCGCCUCUACACUCAGCUUCCACUUGACCACGCCGCCCGCUGGAUCCACGUCCUCCCAGUCCCUCCUCCUCUAAUCCCUGACUUCUCCCACGAUUUUCUACGCGAGCAACCCAGUCUUCAACGCGAUGUCUUGUACCGGUUUUACACUCGCGCUCUUCCCUCGGGUUCGCGUUUCAACUUUGCCGCAGAUCGAGGGAUUUGUUCACUCUGCACUGCCGCACCCACAGAGACUAUCUCCCACAUCUUUCACGAGUGCGGGGUGGCCCCUGUAGUGAUUUCUGCUCUCUCUUCCGUCGCUCGUCGUCACCUCCACUGCUCUCCUCCUCCUGAGCUCUUGCUCUUUCCACUCGCCUCUAGAUCUGGCCAGGUGGCCCCCUGGAGCCUCUUGGUUCUUUUCUCACCCGUGGAUUGGAAUGCAUGCGUGGAUUGGAAUGCAUGCGUGGAUUGGAAUGCAUGCGUGGAUUGGAAUGCAUGCGUGGAUUGGAAUGCAUGCGUGGAUUGGAAUGCAUGCGUGGAUUGGAAUGCAUGCGUGGAUUGGAAUGCAUGCGUGGAUUGGAAUGCAUGCGUGGAUUGGAAUGCAUGCGUGGAUUGGAAUGCAUGCGUGGAUUGGAAUGCAUGCGUGGAUUGGAAUGCAUGCGUGCCAUCCAUGGGCAUGCAUGCCAUCAUGACAUCAUGUGAGCACACACAUCAGGUGGACCUGCUUCUCCUCGCAGCAUCACUGCCUCUCCACCUCCUCUCCUGCGCCACCCUCGCCCUGCAACACGCCCGCUCGCCCGAUCCUCCUCCCUCCAACGUUCCGUCUCACACUCCCUCAUCUCCUCCUCCCCCCAACGCCCCCGCACACACUCCCCCGUCUCCUCGUCCCUCCGCCAGCCCUCCCUGCCACUCUCACGGCGACCUCCCUCGGGCGAAGAGGGCGCGGCUGGAGGGGGCGGAAGGGGGGCGUGGGGAGGUGGUGGCCCAGGGAGGGGAGGCAGGCGGGAUGGGGGGAGGCGGGAUUGGGGGAGGAGGGAUGGGGGAAAGGGGGAUGGGGAGUGCAGAAGUGGGUGAAGGGCAGACAGAAGGGCGUGUGAUGGGAGGGACGAGAAUCAGAGGGGGGGGAGAGGCAAUGGUGGAGGCAGACAGUAAGCAGGAGGAGCCGUGCAGUCGGGCCGAGGGUGGGGAGCGUGCAUGGAGGCAGGCACAGGGCGAGGGGUGUGCUGUGGGUGAAGGGAAGGCAGCAGGUCGUGUGAUGGGAGGGGCGGGAGAAGCGACAGUGGAGGCGGAGAGUAAGCAGGGGCGAGCAGGCGAGGGUGAGAGAGAGGGGGAGGUACCGUGCAGUCGGACAGAGGGUGGGGAGGAGUGCGAGCAGAGGCAGCCCAAACAAGCGAGUGAUGUAUCUACUGCUGGUCGUGGUGGUGUUGGUGGUGGUGGUGCCAGAGAUGUAACAGCAGUUGCACCUGCUUCUGCUGCAGCUCUUAGAGAUGUAACCGUACUUUCUUCUCCUCCUGUUGAAGGUGUACGUGUUGCGGCUUGUAUGUCUGGGGAGAGAGACUUUUCUGCAAUCACGGGUGCUGAAGAUAUUGCAGUGCCUGCUGCUGUUACCCAUGAUGUGACAGGAGAUGAUGCUGCCAACGAUGAAACGGGAGGUGGUGCUGCCAAAGAUGAAACGGGAGGUGGUGCUGCCAAAGUUGAAACGGGAGGUGGUGCUGCCAAAGUUGAAACGGGAGGUGGUGCUUCCAAAGAUGAAACGGAAUCCGGUGCUUCUGAAGAUGAAACGGGAGGUGGUGGUGCUGCUGUGAAAGAUGUAAUAACAGUUGCUGCUGCCAAAGAAGUAACAGCUGCUGCUGUUGGAGCUGCAACAGCGGAACCUUCUGCUGUGGUUUGUGCUAACACAGACACCACCGCUCACACCACUGCCACAACCCCCACUGCCACAGCCCCCAUUGCUACAGCCCCCAUUGCUACAGCCCCCAUUCCUACAGCCCCCAUUGCUACAGCCACCACUGCUACAGCCACCGCACCAUCUGCACCCCAAGCAACCGCACCCCACAUUGAGUCACCCACCACCAAUGGCUCCUUCCAGCCUCCUGAGUGCGGCAGCGCCCCCCUGGCAGUGACCAUCUGGCACGGGACGCGAGUGGCUAGAGUGGCGUGGUGGGGGCAGCAGCAGGGCGGGCACACGCACGUGGCAGGCACUGGUGGUGGGGAGGUGCUUCAAGGGGACGCAGGAGGGAGUGGUGGCGACGGUAGUGGAGAGAAGGGGAGAAAGGGUGGGGGUGGCGUGGCGAGUGUUGAGGGUGAGAAAGGUGGGAAAGGGGAGGGGGGAGGAGGUGAUGAAGGGGGUGAGAGGGAGGAUGUGAGAUCUGGUGUGCAGUGCGGGGGUGGAGAGGGGAGGGGAGGCGAGGAGGAGGGGGUUGAUCGGGAGGGAGGGGCGAGGGGGAGGAUGGAAGGGAAGGUGGAUGCAGGCAGAGAGAGGCAGAAGCAGGAGAGUGCGGAGGUGGAGGGGAGGGCUGUUGAGGGGGUGAGUGACGUGAGUGUGAAGGACGGUGUUUUCACCAUCAGCAGAAGCAGCACAGCUACAGUGGGGUGGCUUUUGAGACAAGUGGAGCACGAUGGGGGAGCGAAUAGAGCGGAGCGGGUUGAAGGCGGGGAGGAGGAGGGAGAGAGGAGAGGCGAGAAGAGAAGGUGUGGAGUGGAGCAGGGGGAGGGAGGGGAGCAGAAGAACAGGAAGACGAGGAGAGUGGAGGGCCAGGGGAACAGGCUGGAAGACGGGAGGGAGAAGGGCGAUGGGAUGGCUGCAAGGGAGCGGUGUGGGAUGGCUUUGGAGGUGGGGCUGGGAGGCGAGCGAGGAGGGGAGGUGUGGCUGACGCACGUGGCCAAGGGGGUGCGCCUGCUGCACUCGCUGUGCGACCUCGCUACCCACAUGCCCCGCCUGCACCAGGUGCUCUUGGUGAGCACGAGUGUGCGGCGCCACAUGCUGGACCUCGUCGUGCUGCUUACUGUCGCCCUCGCCCUCGCUGCGCCACACCAGCAACUGGAUGUGGGGGUCAGGGGGGGAGGAAUGAAGUGUGGUGGUGGCAGCAGUGGUAGUGGUGGCAGGAACGACCAUGAUGGUGCAGGGAGUGGCAGCAGCAGAGACGGUGAGGGAGAUGGUGGAAGGGUGGAAGCAGCAGCAGUAGGAGCAGCAGGCGGGGGAGUAAGGGGGUGCGAGCAGGCACAGGUGGCAGGCUGUGGUGGUGCUGCCACAAGUGCUGGUGAUGCUGGUGAUGCUGGUGGUGCUGGUGGUGCUGGUGGUGCUGGUGGUGCUGGUGGUGCUGGUGGUGCUGGUGGUGCUGGUGGUGCUGGUGGUGCUGGUGGUGCUGGUGGUGCUGGUGGUGCUGGUGCUGCUGGUGGUGCUGGUGCUGCUGGUGGUGCUGGUGCUGCUGGUGGUGCUGGUGCUGCUGGUGGUGCUGGUGGUGCUGGUGGUGCUAACACCCGCAGGGCUGCUCCUGAUGGUAGCGGAGGGCAGGGGGGUGAGGGGUCAGCUGCUGCUGCAAGGGAAGGCGAAGCAGGCACCGGCAGCAAGUGUGGGGAGGGCACUGGGGGGGAUGCACAGAAUAGCAUGGGGGUUGUGGGUGGCAGUAGUGGCAUGCAGGAGGCAAGAGGCGUGGAUGCAGUGACGAGUGCAGCUGGUAAAGCAAGGGCAGGUGAGGCAGCGAGGGCAGGUGAGGCAGCGAGGGCAGGUGAGGCAGCAAGGGCAGGUGAGGCAGCGAGGGCAGGUGAGGCAGCGAGGGCAGGUGAGGCAGCGAGGGCAGGUGAGGCAGCGAGGGCAGGUGAGGCAGCGAGGGCAGGUGAGGCAGCGAGGGCAGGUGAGGCAGCGAGGGCAGGUGAGGCAGCGAGGGCAGGUGAGGCAGCGAGGGCAGGUGAGGCAGCGAGGGCAGGUGAGGCAGCGAGGGCAGGUGAGGCAGCGAGGGCAGGUGAGGCAGCGAGGGCAGGUGAGGCAGCGAGGGCAGGUGAGGCAGCGAGGGCAGGUGAGGCAGCGAGGGCAGGUGAGGCAGCGAGGGCAGGUGAGGCAGCGAGGGCAGGUGAGGCAGCGAGGGCAGGUGAGGCAGCGAGGGCAGGUGAGGCAGCGAGGGCAGGUGAGGCAGCGAGGGCAGGUGAGGCAGCGAGGGCAGGUGAGGCAGCGAGGGCAGGUGAGGCAGCGAGGGCAGAUGGUGAAACGGGCAAGGGUGAUGAGGCAUGCACGAUGGGAGGAGAGGCAGGAGGGGAGAACGGUGGAGAGACGAAGGUAGCAUCAGGAGAUGCAGCAAUCAAAGAUGCAGCAGUGGGGGAGGCGGCAGUGGGGGGAGCAGCACUGUAUGCGGGAACGGUGGCAUCUGAUUUCAACAUGACUAGAUCGACACAUGUGCCGUUCUUGCGCUGCACCCCAUGCUCCCUCUGUGGCUCUGCCCGUGUGUGUGCUCCCUCUGCCCGCAUGCUCCCUCUUCCCGUGUGCUCCCUCUGCCCCUAUGUUCCCUUUUACACCCUACGCUCCCGUCGUCACCAUUCUCCCUUUGCGAUCCUGUCGCUGUCCCUCGCCCCAUGCACCCAUCCACCGCCCAUCCAACCAUGCACCCACCCAUCCCUCCUUCAUCCCAUCCACCCAUCCCUCCUUCAUCCCAUCCACCCAUCCCUCCUUCCCACCAAUCCACCCAUCCAUCCUCCCACCCAUCCCCAUCCCUCCUCCUACCCAUGCACCUACCCAUCCCUCCUCUUACCCAUACACCUACCAUCCCUCCUCCUACCCAUGCACCUACCCAUCCCUCCUCCUACCCAUACACCUACCAUCCCUCCUCCUACCCAUACACCUACCAUCCCUCCUCCUACCCAUACACCUACCAUCCCUCCUCCUACCCAUACACCUAACAUCCCUCCUCCUACCCAUGCGCCUACCCAUCCCGCCCAGGUGGGGGCCUUCCUGCAGGCGGCCUUCUCAGCCGUCACCACCGCCUUCGUCCUGCUGCACUCGCUGCUCUCGCCCUCCCUUGCCGCCUUCACACAUGCGGGCAGGGGGUUGGUUGGAAGGAGGGAUGGGGGGAGGGAUGCGGGCGGGGAUGAAGGGAGGGCAUGGCAAGAGGGCGGUGUGGAGUGGGGCAAGGUGCAGGGGGUGGUGCGGCAGUGCGAGGCGGCUCUGCAGGUGCUGCACGUGCUGUGCCGCGCUGAUGGGCUGGGCGCCCUGCUGCUGCACCACCAGGUGCGUGUGUGGGUUUGCCACCGUGCCGCCAGAGGCCCUGGUGGCGGCCAUUUCUCGCUGCAAGAGCCGAGCCAUUCAGAUGGUCUGUCUCGUGCUGCCGCUGCGGUUGACUUUCGAAGCGCACUCAUGUUCAUUGACUUUUCUGUUGCAACCAUGCCUUCUUGCGUCCCUCACUUCCUCCCGUCUCCCCUCAUGUCACCUUCCUCACUCCCUCCUUCACUCGCUCCCUCACCCAUUCCCCUCCGCCCGUGGCAGUUCCUCACAGUCAGUGAGGCAGACGGCUCUACCUUUCUGGAUGACGUGGCAGCCAAUCCAGCCUCAUCCUCUCACUCCUGCACGCCACUGCCAUUGCCAACAUUGACCUCACAGCUCGCCUCCUCUCCCACCCCACACCCUCCUCCUCCUCUUGCACCUCCUUCCCCCCACCACACGCGCCUCUCCCCUGUGGGCGGCUAA